AUGGGAUUAAGAAGAAGAUGGCUAGGGAUGCGUUGCAAGACCAGUUUUAUGAUAAUGUUCCUAUUACUCGGCGUAGUGGGAUUAUUGGUAUCGUAUCAUUUGUACAAGGAAUUACUCUCAACCAACAAUCAGAGCUCCAGGAAUGUGUAUCCUGCAUUCGAGAGACGGAAAUCAAAAUAUCAGGCAAACAAACAUAAUGGAAUUUUGGAUCCAAGUUUACUAGCACCAGCUGUGUUUCAGAGAGACCUGACUUCAAAGAUUGUCGAACUUCGUGGAAAUUAUGAUGCAGUUAGCAUCAAAGAUGUGAUAUCAUUCUUAAAUAAUUUAAACCCAUCUGAUUGGUCAUUAGCACCUCAACCAGAUGAACUUGCCAUAGAGCUAAAGCAUUUAUUGUUAGAUCUUGAUAUAGAGAGUAAAAUGACUUGUAAAGAUAUAGAUACUUUACGAUUGAGUAUAUCAUUAGCUCAGUCCAACAGGAAAUAUAUAGAUCGUGGAAUGAGUGAGGACAAUCAACGGAAUGAAUACGCUGUGAUCAGUCAAAAUGUGGACAUUGAUACAAAAAUAGCCUGUAUGAAGAAGAUUUAUGAUGAUGAACAUUGUACUCCAAUGGGCAACUAUAAACUUUUACAGCAAUUAUUACUAUUAGCAGUAUUAAAACAUGCCAAUAUUAUAGAAUUACGGGGAUAUUGUAUACGAGGGGAUGGUAUUUCUUCAGAAUUACGUAAAAAAGGUGUGGUAUAUAUCACUGAUAUUGGAACACCUGUUAGAGUUGGUGCUUUUUCUUUGAUCACUUGGAAAAAGAGAUUGACGCUUGGUCUAGAGAUGUUAGAUUUAUUAGACUACCUAGAGAAUAACCCACUAGGAAGUAUUGGACUAGGAAAAAUUACCACCCAUGAUUUUAUAUUAUUAUAUAAUGAUGAAUCUCUACGACUAGUUGAUGUCAAUGAUUUUAAACUAACAGAAAGAUCUUGUAGCAGUUCGAGUGAAUGUGAUAUUGGUGGUAUUGAUUAUGGUAUUGAGUGUUCUAAUGGUGCAUGUAAUGGUCUUAACGCUCUCAGUAAUCUACAGAAACUAUCUAUAGUGGUGUUAGAUCCUUUAUUACGUAAUGGACCUCCUUACUCGCGCCAGUCUCUAAAUGAUGUUUUAGAUAAACUACGGUCACUUAAGAUAACCAAACAAAAAUUAAAAACUGAACUACAGAAACUUCUUGAUGAAGCUGUGAUUAAUCGAAACAGUAACAACAAUUAUCAUGAUAACAAUAACAGACAGAAUAACGAGGUACCUAAUCAACAAGAUAACAAUCAAGAUCAAGAUAAAAAUAACAGUGAUGAAGAUAAGAGGAAAGAUAAACAAGAUAUCAGAAAUAACCUGGAAUAUCAACAACCUAAUAAUCAAAAUAAUAAUGGAGUGGUGGAAUCAACCUAUACAGAUUAUGCUAGAAUUGAUCAGUCUAAUUUCCCGGGUAUGUUUGAUUAUAAAUGUGAUAACUCCCGGGUAGCCUGGGGAUGUGUUAUCACUUGUAGAAGUUUACGGGAAGCCAAGAAAAGAUGUAAUGAAGACACCUCUUGUAAAGCUUUUGUUAUUUUUUCUACUCAACCAGAAUUAGACACUUUGAUGACAGUAGUAUUGAAGAAUUCUGGAAAUGCUCAAGGUCAACCUAAUCCAGGAACUACUUUAUUCAUUCGUAGGAAACGUUCAGGGUCAGCCUUGAUCUCACAGAAAGAUCCCAAUGUAGUUCAGAUGGGUCAGAAUAAUAAAGAUACAUAUGGUGUUAUAAGAAAUGUUGGAGAAGUCAAAGUGGUUCCACCUAGUAGUAAUCAUACAACAUCUAAACAUUCUAUUAAUCUAUGUUUAAGAAAAAUAUUUAAAGGUCAUGAAGAACCAAGAAAGAGUCGAGAAAAGAGAUUGAUGGCUCAUUUUGGUUUGAAGGGAAUGAGAGAAGUUGAAUGGCAGAGAUCAGUAGAAAGACAGAAAGCUGGAAGUUUCUCUAAUUUAAUCAUGGCUAAAGGAAAUAUAGCUCGUGGUGGAAAGUUUUUAGUAUCAUUGAAGGGAGAAGGGGGUAAUGAAUUAGUCAGUAAAGCUAUAUUUACAGCAGAAGAAGGAGAGAGUCAGUACCAUGUAGCACAGUCCAUAGUUUAUCAUACAGAUAGGCUGUUAGGGUUAUACCACACCCCACCAUCAACACCUGGUAAAAUACCAGCAAUAACUGUCCAAAAAUACCAGAAAAAUAACUCCUGGAAAGAAUCCUUUGCUACAGUAUUAACUAGAGAUGGAGGGUUGAUAGGAAUCUUCUCGGCACCAGUUCCUCAUGUAAUGAAACAAGAAACAAUCAAAAUGAAAUCAUUAAAAACAAUGACGCAAAAUAUUGUCAAAUUUUCACGUCAAUCAAAAUUACAGUUUGAAUAUGUAUUUUUAUGGUGGUUAACUAAAAUGAUAAAAGAUCCUACAGACCAUAUUGGUUAUAAAGGACAUUUAAUUCAUUUUAAUGGAGAUGAAGCCUUUGUUGGUGGAGUAACAAAAAAUUUAACUGGUUAUUUUAAUCACUGCCAAUUUCCAAACAUUGUCUUUAAAACAUUGAACUGUUUACGCUGUCAUAACAGUCAGGGUGUACAGCUAUCAUCUAUAUGUCAUCUUGGACAAGAGGUUAUGAAAAGAGUAAAGAUGGCUGGAUUUGAUAGUGAUGAUAUUUUUAUACAUGGUUUAAACGAGAAUGAUAUUGUAGUUAAAAUCAACGAUGCUGCUAGUAUUGCCAUGGGAAUGGUGGAGGGAUGUAUAAAAGUUUAUGGUCAAGAGCAAGUUUUAUACUAA